UGGUAGAAACCCUAGUAACCUCAAAAACAAACGAGCUUCAAUGGAUCAUAUGAUGAGAAGAGUUGAUUCCAUAAGCUCAAUGCCAGACGUGAUACUCCACCAUAUCCUCUCCUUUAUUCCCAUCGAUCACGGGAUCAGAACUUCAACCUUGUCCAGAAGAUGGAGGCAUGUAUGGUGCGAGACACCCUGUAUCCAUUUUGGUGACUAUAGCUGCGGAAAGCCGAGGGUUCGCGAUAUAAACCAAACCCUAAUCUCCUACAAGGCUCCGAAAAUCAAGAGUUUCCAUCUUUGUGUGCCAGAGUGGGUCCCUGAACUUGAACCCGGCCAGAUUGAUAGCUGGAUCGAGUUCGCUGUGUCCCGUAAUGUGGAGGAGCUGUUUCUGUCCUUCAACUAUCGUGUUUAUGGCGAGACUUAUCGUUUCCCACACUUGUUAUAUCGUAGUUCUUCCUUAGAGAACCUCAGCCUCGAUUUUCUUACGAUCCACACCCGCGGAUUCACAUUAGUUUCUUGGAAAUCUCUAAGGACAUUGAGGUUGGGCUACUGUUCUCAAUCUCCUGAUCAUGAUUUUCUCUCUGGCUGUCCAGCUCUUGAAACCUUGACUCUGGGUUACUGUGGUGGAGUCCAUCGUCUUGAUCUGAGUAAUUCGUCACCUACUAUGACAACAUUGAAAAUCAUUCGCCAUCAGUCCGACACUCCAGGUUUAUUUGAGAUUGUAGCACCGCACCUCCGUUAUUUGGAUUUGAAAAACACUGAGGAACCAUGUACUUUAGUUGAUGUCUCCUCUUUGACCAAAGCCAGAGUUAACAUUCGCAUGGACAGGCAUUAUUCUGAUAAUGAUGAUGAUGAUGUGAAAGCUGAUUUUCUUCAACUUGAAAACAUGUUGCUAAAGAUGCUAGCAAAACUGAGUAACGUAGAGGAGCUUACUUUUAAGACAGCCUUUCUUCAGAUCAUAUCUCUCGCCGAACUCCGGGGUGUUCCUUUCUCAACGCUCAACAAGGUCCACACUUUGACUUUUAAGACCAUGUUUGCAAGAUCUGUUAUUCCUGGUAUAGCAAGGUUAUUACAAAAUUCCCCUGGAUUAAAGAAGCUUAUAGUACACGCCAGGGAACCGAUAUGCAUAGAGGAUCGGGAUCUGGACACGUAUUUGGGUUCGCAAGGCUUGAAUCUGGAUCAAUGUUGGAGAUCAAAAUAUGAAGGGUUUCCUACCUCAAUUGUUUUUCGUUUUAAGGAUGCAACGUGGUAUUUGAAACUCGUGGCUUCGUUCAUAGAAAUGGUGCUGAAAAACGUAGAGACACUAGAGACGCUAGUUGUAGUGUUCAAAGAUGUCCGCUGCAGUGAUGAUCCAACAUGGUUUCAAGAGUUGCUUGAGAUGAUUCCAACGAUUUCUAACAACAAUAAUGUCUCCAUUGUGCUCGGACGCGGCUAAUGUAUUUUCAUCAGUCAUUUAUUUUAAGUCUUGGAUCUUUUAUACAAAAUUGAAUGUUCAGUGCACUUUUGAUGUUACAAA